CCUACCUGGCAGCUGUCCCAGCACCUGUGUGUUGUGAGGAGGCGGCGAUGGCUCCGCGCCCCGCUGCUGCCCUCAGGCUGCUGCCGGGCAGCUGCGGCUGGCAUCCCAACCAGGAACCGCUGCAGGAGGCACGGGACACCUCCGAAGGUGGUGACCCGUGGGAUGUAAUUGCCACGGAAGGGAAGAGCGUGGACGGCACCGUGUCAGGGAGCUGCAAGCCUUGCUGGAUGCAGUCUGGAGGGAAGCCUCGUGGAUGCAAAUGCAGGCUCUCUGCUGACGCACAGCACUCUGACAGGAAAAGGCUCUCUGCUGCUGGUCUCUGGCUUCCUCCAGCCUGCGGGCAGAGGGGACUUUGUGUCUGUGUCUCUAGUUCCUUGAUACUGUCACCGUGCUGCCCACCGUGACUCCGCAAAGGGACUUGGAGUUCCUGUUUUGUUGCAGAUGUCAUUCCUUUAGCUGUGGAAGGCUUUAUCAGCCCUUGUGGAGGCUUUCCCCUGCGCACAGCACCCAAAGCUGCAGCUGUAGUGGAGGAAAAUGGAGCCUGCAGAUCUUCUGGCACUUGUCUCCCCAGGAAUGAACAGUACCACAGCCACCCUGGCACUGCUGGCAGUCCUGCUGGUCCUGCUGUAUUGGUACUCCACAUCUGCAUUCUCCAAACUAAGCAGAGUAGGGAUCCAACAUCCUCCACCUCUUCCCUUCAUUGGAAACCUGCUCUUUUUCCGUGAGGGUUUUUGGGAGAGCCACACAAAACUCAUAAAAGAUUAUGGACCUGUUUGUGGGUAUUAUAUUGGUCGCCAGAUGUUUGUGGUGGUCUCCUCACCAGAGAUGAUCAAGCAAAUCUUAGUGGCAGAUUUUAGUAACUUCACCAACAGAACUAAGCCGAAGUUGAUAUCCAAGCCAAUGCUUGAUAGCAUCCUUUGUCUUCGUGAUGACAGAUGGAAGUUUGUGCGGAGCCUCCUGACCCCAGCCUUCAGCGAUACCAAACUGAAAGAGAUGACACCAUUGAUAAACAAGAUUUGUGACACUCUGCUGUGUAAUUUGAAAGUCUACGCAGAUUCUGGCAAAGCUUUUGAUAUCCAGAGGUGUUACAACUGCUUUACCUUGGAUGUCGUUGGUAGCGUAGCUUUUGGUACUGAAGUGGACUCUCAGAAGAAUCCUGAUGACCCCUUUGUUAAGAAUUCCAGAACAUUCUUUGAAAUGUCUUUGUUUAAGCCUCUUCUCAUUCUAAUCCUUUCUUUCCCUUUCAUAAUGAUCCCAUUGCUACGCAUUUUUCCCAACAAGAAACAAAAGGAACUUAAUGAAUUUUUUAUCCAAACCAUAAAAAAUGCAAUUGUCCACAGACACCAGCAAGAUGCAGCUCAGAGGCGCAGAGAUUUUCUCCAGUGGAUGCUUGACGCCUGCGACUCAGCCAUGGCAGCUGGGUGCUCGGGUGUGCUCAGCCCAUCUGCUGCUCCCAGACAGGAUGAGGCGCCUCUGGCUGGCACAGCCCCAUCUGAAAAGGCUCAGAAGAUCCUGACAGAGGAUGAGAUAGCAGGCCAAGCUUUCCUGUUCCUGAUUGCUGGCUAUGAGACCACCACGAGCACGCUGUCCUUUGCCACCUACUUGCUGGCCACCAACCCGGAGUGCCAGGAGAAGGUGCUGCGGGAGGUCGAUGAGUUCUCCGCAAAACAUAUGGUGCCUGAUUGCCAAAAUGUACAAGAACUCCCUUAUCUGGACAUGGUGAUUGCAGAGACGUUGCGCAUGUACCCACCUGCGUUCAGAUUCACUAGGGAAGCAGCUAAAGACUGUGUGGUGCUGGGGCAGCAUAUUCCAGCUGGAGCUGUCAUUGAAAUUGCAGUUGGACACCUUCACCACAACCCUGAGUUCUGGCCAGAACCUGAGAAGUUCAUUCCUGAGAGGUUUACAGAGGAGGCCAAGAAGGAACAACAUCCUUUUGCAUACCUGCCCUUUGGGGCAGGACCCCGUGGCUGCCUUGGCAUGAAAAUGGGUUUGUUGGAGACCAAAAUGACUCUGCUGAGGAUUUUGCAGAAGUUUAAAUUCAAGACCUGCCCAGAGACUGAGAUUCCUUUGCAGCUCAAAUCAAAAGCCACACUUGGACCAAAAAAUGGAGUCUACAUCGUGCUGGAAUCUCGCUAAAAGGGAAUGUGCAUCCUGAAGCUUUCUGGAAUGAGAGCCUUUGUUAGUGAGUCACUGGGUAUAACUGUUUUUCAAAACUCCAAGCACAGGUAGGAGCCUAAGUUCCACUGAUGGUCAGUAGGUGCUUCCUCACUGCUCUCCUGUGGGACAGCCUCCAGUCACUUUUUAAAAUGGGCUCCACAGCCUUUUUUGGAUGUUUUCAAAUUGCUGUGAAUAGUAUCUGCAAAGAAGCAUCCCACUUUCAUUUGCUUUUGUUCAUCACACUUCUUUUCAUUUAUCUGUGAGAAUGCUUUCCUCAUGCUCAGUUUCCACAAUUUACAGUAGAUUUUAAUUUCAAUUCAUUGUAUGACACAUCCUUCUCAUGAACUUGUGAGUCCCUAGAGAAAGUCCCAAAGGCACCACAGUUACAGCAGAAGACCUGGGAUGCAGUGCAUUGGA